AAAACCUCUUCUGGCAUCCGUGCUUGCAAGCUGAAGACACUCCUCGGCGUCCUCGCCCUCCAGGCCCAGGAAGGCACAGGGAAGAGCCCGUCAAGUCCCAGGGUGGCAGGACGUGAAAGAGAACUGGUCCAUUCCUAGGACUGUUCCUCCCCUUCCAAGACCGCUGUGGAGUCCCAGCCUUGUUGCACACACGCAGGAGAAUCCCACCUUCUGUCCAGGCUUCCUUUCUCUGCCUUUCUGCUUGACCCACGAAGAUUGCUUUUGGAGGGCUGGAGCCAAGGAUCCUCUGGAGACGGAGACAGCCCAGGGAGCACCGCAGGAGAACAGUCCCUGACAAGAGGUGGUGAUGCUGGGGAGCUCUCUUUGGGGCCGUCCAUCCCCUGCGCUAAGUGGGGAGAGACGAGGAGCUGGGGGGCUGGAGCUGUUCCUCCUGCUGGUCCUUUCAGGCUGGGUUUGGGCUCAGCAGCCACAACUGCAAAUUCUCCCUUGCCCUGCGCUAUGUGUGUGCUCCGAGACUGCCCGAACAGUGAAGUGCGUCAACAACAACUUGACGGAGGUGCCGUCUGAGCUGCCGCCUUCCGUGGAGGGCCUCUUCCUCACCCAUAACUGCAUCCGUAACCUCUCUUCUGCCUCCUUCCUCUCCGCUUCCCUGUCGGAGCUCACCAUCCUUGACCUGAGGGGUAACCAGCUGAGCUGGGUGGGCACGGAGACUUUUGCAGGGCUGCCUCAUCUAAAGCAGUUGGACCUCAGCGACAGUUCGCUCACUUGGCUCAGCCCCAUGGCCCUGGGCAAUGCCAGCAGCCCCUUGGAAGAACUGGACCUGAGCAGCUCCCUCUACAACAACAGCUUUGUGCCCUUGGUGGCUGAGCUGCUCCAGGCAGGCACGCUUCUCAACUUGAAGCGCUUGGACCUGUCGGAUAACAAUUUGAUUUAUCUACCGGCCAGGAUGUUCUCCACACUGCCCAGUCUGGAGCACCUAGACAUGCGUAACAACUCCCUGGUGAGUUUGCGUAACGUGUUCUUCGGGAGCCUCCAACAGCUGCACAGCUUCAAUCUCAGCAGCAACAGUUUCAAGACCCUGAGGAACGACACCCUCCAGCAGCUCCAGGGCCUCCCUUUGCUGUCCCUCAAUCUCAGCAGUAACCCCUGGGUUUGCGACUGCCACAUUGAGGACUUGGUGAAGUGGCUGAAGGAGAGCAAGCAGGUGGAGGCCAAAGGGUCCCUCAAGUGCUCCUAUCCGCGGGAGUUGCAAGAACGCUCUUUGGUGAGCAUCAAUGUGUCAGAACUCGACUGCUCCCUUCUGAUCGACGACCAGACCCCGCUGCAGACUUCUUACGUCUUCCUCGGGAUAGUCUUGGCCCUCAUUGGUGCCAUUUUCCUCCUGGUUUUAUAUUUGAACCGAAAGGGGAUCAAAAAGUGGAUGUAUAACAUCAGGGAUGCCUGUAGAGACCACAUGGAGGGCUAUCACUACAGGUACGAGAUCAACACAGAUCCCAGGCUAACAAGCCAGAACUCCAACUCAGAUGUCUGAAGAAGUACUAUGGGGAAAUGGGCCUGAUGCAUAAUAGCCCUGCAUGAAAUGUAGACUGUAAUUCUUUCCCUUAUCCCUACCUGCUUCCUCUUCCCUUUUCACCUAGACACCAGAAACUUCACCUGUGCAGAGAAUUAUGCGUCCCUGCACAAUAUUCACAUUAUUAUUAUUAUUAUGAACGUGGUGCAUGGUGUUAGGCAGUCUGUGCCAUUGCUACUUCCCUUUGCAAUUCACUACCAGCUUGUGGUUGGAUAUUUCUUAGCACCCAAACAGAUAAGGAAUGUUCCCUCUUUGUUUCCUCCUCUUGAUAUUUUCAAAGAGUGAACAUAUAUUAAAAAGUACCAUUCAACAAAGACUGCCUCAACUUUUUUUUUUUUUUUUUGAGACAAACAUUUUACUGAUUGCUGGAAGGUCGUUUUUGUGCUUCAUAAUUGUGAAAAGGUUUAUAGAUUUCAUACAUAUUUAGAAAAGGGACAUGUACAGACAAGCAAGUAAACAGCAAGCAUGCAAAAAGGGAAAAUCCUAUCCCUUAGCUAAGUAAAUCAGUAAUUUGAAUGCUUGCUCUUUCUCCUUGAUUGUGUGCACAAACCACUUGUAUGGUUUGGCUUAUGGUAAAAAAAAAUACAAGCAUUUGCAAUUUAUAUGAAAACUAGUGUCUUUAAGGAAUUCUCAUCUCAUAUAAAUUGCAUAUGAAGUGAGCUCGCACUGUUAAACAAGUCAAUAAAUGUUUCUGUUUUGCUGGAGCAGGCUGUCCUCUUAUAAUAAGGAAAUUAAGCCCCCAACACGAUAAAGAUUCUUUCCUUUUCGAUUAAAAAUUGUGCAAAAUAUGAGAACUUUUUUUAAAAAAGAAUUGUUUGGAAGCAUGUCAUCAAUGUAGUUUAAUUUUAAACAGGCUAUAAAAAUGCAGUUAUAAUAAUUCACUUUUUUUUUUGGUUAAACUGCUUUUGAACUACCAUCUCUUUUGCAAGUGCAAUCUCAUUUUACACAACCUGUUGUGACUUUGGAGUGGUUGUACAACAACUCUUAAGUGGAAAGAUAAAGGAUUAAAUGACACUGAUUUUUGGAGCAAUCGCUGAAAUUGGGAACACAAUCUUGCUGCUGAAUAAUGGGCACUUGUACCUUUUUUUUUCUAAUCUAUGCAAACAUUACUUUUGGCAACUCAGUGGGAAUUAUUCCCAGAUGCAUGUGAGAAAUCUUGAACUGAAAACACGUAUUUUAUUGAAUUAAAAUGGAAUGUUUCACUGAUGCUCAGCUUAUGUGAACCCAGUCAAUUGUCAUUUAUUCAACACAUUAUGAUUAAACCAAUGGUGGUUUAACACAUGAAUCCAACCAUAAUGUAGCAUGAGUUUCAGUGACAACCCAUCUGUGGAAAGAGAGUAGCGUUCCAAGUGUUUACUUUGACUAAAUUGUACCUAAUGUAUCUAAGCUGCAAUAAUUAGACCAAGGAUCUAGGUGCACAUACUUUUGGAAAAAUACUGUGAUAACAGAAUUAAGCUGUAGGUCCUGUGGAGUGGUAGGCUUACUCCCAAAUAAGUAUGCUUAGCAAUAGUAUCUGAUUUUAAAACAACUUCGUUGAAGUCAGCAUGGCCUUAGUUUUCAGUUGAGAGGUUAUACAUCUUCAGACCUCCAGGGGGGAGGCUGACAUAACUGUUCACCAAGCUGGAGACAAUAUUAUGUAAGUUUAGUCUUCAAAACUUAGCUAAUGUUCACAAUAACAUCUGUGCAAUUGUAUUUAUGGUUUUAACUUGUGCAUGGCUAUGACUUUAUGUGUCUUUGCACAUUUAUAAGGAAGGAUGUUUUGCAAACCAUAGUAUCACCUUCAGUCUAAAUAUUGUGAUAGUGCAGGAAGUAUAUUAAACACGUUCUUCUUUGAAAAACUGGAAUGCAUGAACUGUGAUGCCAAUCUGCCUAUCAGCUCUAAAUAGAUAAAUUUACUUUUCUGUUAGCAAUUUUUGGAAAGUUGUAUAUCACAUUCUUAGCAUUGCUUGUGAAGUACUAGGUCUAAUAAAUCACAAAUAAGUUUACUAUAGCAAUAAGCAAUCUUACCCGUAUUGGUUUGGAAAUAAUUUCCAACUAAAUCAAUGGCAUGGAAAUCUAUGUGUGUAUAAAGUAAUUAAGUUUAUUCAGAAUGUUUAUAGCUUAACUAUGCCACUGUUUAUGAAGCUUCCACUCUUAUGCGCACACACUAUUACGGUAUUGCAAGUUCUGCUAAAUCUCUUUUUGCAAAUUCAUUUGUUCCAAUUUGGGGGGAAUGAAGAGAAAUAAAAUCUGUACUACUGACUUAUGCUUUUAUUUCACAAAUAACAAAAUUUCUGAUUUUACACAUUUCUUAGUCUGUAAUAUUACUAGACUUAGUAAUAUAAUUCUGUUGUGAUAUAAUCUGUUUCAAAAAA